AUGUUGCGUAAGAAUUCUGCUAGUAGUUAUGAAAAAUGCGAAUGUAAUGAUGCGCAAAAUGAUAUUCAUGGUGUUUGUCGGUAUACCCGUGAAGAAAUGCUAAACAUGAGAGAUCUGCCGUUGAGUAGAAUACGUCCUCAAUAUUUAUCCACCGAAUUUGAUAACGAUGAGGGGAGCUUCGAACCGGAAAAAUGGCUCGAAUAUCGUUGGAUUUGUGAGGGAGUGGAAAAUCGUCCGAAUACGAAUAUGAAAAGAAAGGAGAAACUGAAGGUCGAAGCACUGGAAGGAGACACAACCGUUCUUUCUCCACAAAGGCGAGCUUUUUCUUCGGGAUGUCGUGGUGCAUCGCCGGUGAAGAACGAAGCAGAGACGGAAAGACUCGGUGCAACUAAGGCCAGUUGGCGAAGUGGUGCUGGUUUUCAGCUGAAAAAUUCCGGGACGGAAUACAAGGCAUCAUUUCACAAAAACGUGGGAAGCAGUGAGUCUUCAUUUAUAAGGACUCGUCAACAAAAUGGUACUUUGCCGAGUAGCGCUGGAAACUGGCGUUCGACCGAUACAUCAUUUAAGCCAAAUUAUCAGAAAGAAAACCAGAGGGGCAAGUCUACAGAAAUGACAGCGGACGAAAAAAUGCCAGAAUGGCUCAACGAUGGUCCAACAUCAAUGCAUGAUAUGAUUGAACUGCGUGGUUUUGAUGACGAUAAUAAGAUUAGAAGUGAUUUCUCUCAAAGAUCGAAGAGACAUCAAAUGAGAAUGGCACAGCAAAGUGAUACAAGUGAACCAAACGAAAUUUUAACAGAUGAGAAGACUGAUUUGAUAAAUUGGAGACCAUCUUCCCAGAUUGAUAAUAGCGAGUUAAGCUUAUCCUCAGUUGGUAAACCGAUUUCAUCUUGCAAUCAAAACAGUGACGGUGAUCCAUUAAGGAAUCGCAGUCUCUCUUUUGCAAUGGCGGAUAACAGUAAUUCACUGACAUCGGUACCCUUACUAAAUGGUAAAUUGCCAAAUUCCGAUGCGGAAUUUGCUGCAAUUAUGGGUAUUCUUGGUGAUGCCGAUUUGGACUCACUGAAAGAGAAUGAGAUUAAAUCGCCGGAGAUGAAAGAACCAACCGGCAGCAGAUUGUCACGCUUUUUUGCUACUACUAAAUAUGAGAAUUCCGAUAAUUCAUGCGUUAACAGAAACGAAUCUUCACAGCAGAGGCAUGCUAUUUCUUCAUCAACUUCAAUUUCCGAUCCUUUGCAGGCUUCACCAUCGAUUUCUGUUCUCAAUAAGAUAUUUUCAAAUACUUGUCAACGACCUUUUCACUCGGAAUUUAUUCCAGAACCGCAUGUUGCACCAUCAGUACAAGGAGUUCUGAGAGUUGAAGAUUUGGAACGUAAUUUCCAGAAGGAAUCGAUUCCUGGAAAUUCAUCCACUCUAUCUGCUGGUGCUGAUGGUUUUGGAAACGUAAUAACCAGCGAACAGCUCCCAUCCAAUUCACGACAGUCGUAUUUAAAUCAAACAACAAAAGGGAAUCCACUUGGCGAUCCACACCAGCAAGCACAUCUCAUGAAUAAGCUGAAUAAAUUUGCACGCCUGCAAAAUGGAACAGCGGAUGACGUUUCACGCAACGAAGAUAAUUUAACACUACCACCCAAAAUUUCCUUGACUCCAAUACAUCUGCCGGGAAUUCCAUUGAAUUCGCAAGCAUCUUCUCAUCCUGUGGCACCUCCGCCUUUCUCUGAUGUCACUCUUCAUGCAGCUUUUCUUCGUUCACAAUAUGAGAAAGCAGCCGCUUUGCACGCACUUGCUGCUAAUCAGCGGUCGGCGCUUGCUUCAAGUGCACAAGCGGUCGACAAUACUGUUUUGAGGCAUGCAUUGGCAAAUAUGAUGGGAAAUGGAACAGUGCCACAAUCAACGCAAACACGAUCGGUAACUGCCGUUGCUUCGACUCCAGCACGGACUUCUGCAACGGGCGUACUUCCGAAUUCAUUUAUGCCAACAUCGGUGAUGCGUCAAAUGACCAAAAACAAUAAUACAUCUGCGACAGUGGAAGAAAAACUUCGUCAUUCUAACGUGCCCAUAUCUUCCACGCACUAUAGCGCUGUCAAACAAAAUCUUAUGCCAGAGCAUUUCAACGUACCUCAUAAACUUGCUGGAGACGCUGUGGUUGGAAACAUGACAUCGAAAAAUGCAGCUAAUUUGAUGACAAGACUUGCUUUGCAGCAGCAGUAUGCUCAAGUACUUGCAGCAAUGCAAAAUAGUUUACCAUUGAAUAAUUGGCAAUCGAACGCUCAAAUGACAGCUUCAGUACGUGCACAAGCAUUAGCAGCUCAUGCAGAACAGCAACGACAAUAUGCACUUGCGAUGAUGCGUGGUGAUUUGAAUCAAGCACAGGUCAUUCGAGCACGAUUCCUAUCGCAACAGGCAGCAGCUUUUGCAGCUUUGCCCAGUGUUCCAGUAGCUCCUCAUCCUCAUCAUGUGGGAGCACCGUUGGUACCUAUACAACCAGUGGCGACGACAGCACCAGUUCCAGUGCCACAAAACACUCAGCCGCCUCCAUCGUUAAUACAAUAUAAAUAUCAGAAUCCUCUAGAGAAACUGCUGCAAUCAGCGGGUGUACCGGCGAACAGAGGUUUACAGCUACCAAACAGGGAGCCUUGUCAAAGUUCAUCUCUACAAACGACAACGACAGCGAGUGAUGUUCCUUCUAUAAUAUCGCGUCUUCCGCCAACUGCUAAUUGUAUUAGUGUCGAGGAACUUGAAAAACAGUUUGCAGCAAAUUGA